CUCUCUCUCUCUCUCUUCUCCCCGCCACGCAAAGAUCGUAUUUUGCAUGGCAGCUGGGUUGUUCAGUCACAGAGUCAGCGACCUCUGCCUCGGCAAGCCCGCUCUGAGGUCGCUCUCCGUCGCCGCCACCGUCGGCGACGCCCUGUUCGCCCUGAGGAACUCCGAGGACAGCUUCCUCAGCGUCUGGAGCUGCGACCACCGCUCCGGCACGACGGUGCCGUCGCAUGAAGGAGGAGAGGGAGGAGAGUGCCGCUGCGUGGGGAAGCUGUGCAUGGUGGACGUCAUCUGCUACCUCUCCAGCGAAGACAACCUCUCGUCUCCUUCGGAGGCGUUGAAAGCGCCCGUCUCUGCUCUUUUGCCGAAGAUCCCCGGCCAAGUCGUGCAUGUCGAGCCUUCAUCGAGACUGGUGGAAGCGAUCGAUCUCCUUCUGCAAGGAGCUCAAAAUCUAGUCGUGCCAAUUCAAACUAGGUCCCCAAGAAGGAAACAGCACCAAAAACUAUCUUCCUCAACAGGACCCAUCACAAUUCACAAAGGGCAGGAAUUCUGCUGGCUAGCUCAAGAAGAUGUGAUCAGGUUCCUCCUCAACUCCAUCGGCAUAUUCUCUCCCAUCCCUGCGCGGUCCAUCGACACUCUCGGCCUCAUAAACGCCCAAGUCCUCGCGGUUGACUACCAUUCCCCUGCUUCGGCGGCGGUCGAGGCCAUCUCUCGCUCUCUCGUCGAGCAAACCUCGGUAGCCGUGGUGGACGGGGAAGGGAUCUUGAUCGGCGAGAUCUCUCCUUGCACGCUCGCCUGCUGCGAGGAGACGGCCGCAGCGGCCGUGGCGACGCUCUCCUGCGGCGACCUCAUGGCCUACAUCGACUGCGGCGGCCCGCCGGAAGAUCUCGUCCGGGUGGUGAAAGAGCGUUUAGAGGAGAGGAAUUGGAAAGGAAUGUUGGAAGAGUUCGCGAUAUCGUCGGCGCCAAGUAAUUCGUCGACGACGUCCUCCUCCUCCUCCUCGUCGGACGAGGAGAGUUUCUCAUCCCCGAGCACUAAAUUGGCAAGAUCAGGGAAGUACAGCAGAUCUCACAGUUACUCAGCUAGGAUGGUGAGGAGGUCAGAGGCAAUAGUUUGUCACCCAAAGAGUUCAUUGAUGGCCGUGAUGAUUCAAGCCAUAGCAUACCGGGUGAACUAUGUGUGGGUCAUUGAGGACGAUUGUAGCUUGGUGGGAAUCGUCACAUUCUCUAGCAUGUUGGAAGUUUUCAGUGAACUUUUGGAGAAUUUGGAGUAGAGGGUCUUUCUUUCCUUUUCCUUUUUUUACUUUUGGUUAUUAUGGAUUGUUAUGGAUAUUAUUGACCGGGUCAGAACAGAAUGCUGAAAUUGUGGGAUGGGAGGAUGGGAAGACCCCCCAAAAAAAAAAAAAAAAAAAAGCUAAGGAAGCUUUCGUAUUUUCCUUUGUUUGAUCAAGAUCAUGAGGAGGGUCUGUGGCUAAAUGAUUUGAUUAUGUUGAUUUCCCUUUUCUAAAGAAACCCUUCUAAUCUUUUGGUCAUAUGAUAUUGGAUUUUGGGUUAUCUUUCUUUGUCCCAGAUUGUCUUGAGGUUUUCUUGUUUACAUCAUCGAUGACGGUUCUGUUUGAGAUUGUGUCAUGUGCAUGUGCUCGUCCGUUGUUGUCUUGUUCAUAAAUAAAUGGGGGAGGGGGAGUUAUUUUUGGGUCUGA